AUGGAAUCUUUCCUCCGGCUGGCUGACUGUCCUGACUUCCACCAACACAAUGGAUAUCUUCAAAGGAUCCAGAGCACUGCCACCAACUCCAGUGCCACCACGGACACCAUCACCCCCGCUACCACCAUCACCAUCACCCCUGCGAGCACCGCCACCAUCACCAUCACCGCCACCAUCACCAUCACUCCCGCUACCACCGCCACCAUCACCAUCACCCCCGCUACCACCGCCACCAUCACUCCUGCGAGCACUGCCACCAUCACCAUCACCGCCACCAUCACCAUCACCCCCGCUACCACCGCCACCAUCACUCCUGCGAGCACCGCCACCAUCACCGCCACCAUCACCAUCACUCCCGCUACCACCGCCACCAUCACCAUCACCCCCGCUACCACCGCCACCAUCAUUCCUGCGAGCACUGCCACCAUCACCAUCACCCCCACCGCCACCAUCACCAUCACCCCCACCGCCAACAUCACCAUCACCCCCGCUACCACCGCCACCAUCACCCCUGCGAGCACCGCCACCAUCACCAUCACCCCCACCGCCACCAUCACCAUCACCCCCGCUACCACCAUCACCAUCACCCCUGCGAGCACCACCACCAUCACCAUCACCCCCACCACCACCAUCACCCCCACCGCCACCAUCACCAUCACCCCUGCGAGCACCGCCACCAUCACCAUCAUCCCCACCGCCACCAUCACCAUCACCCCCACCGUCACCAUCACCCCCACCGCCACCAUCACCAUCACCCCCGCUAUCACUAUCACCAUCACCCCUACCAGCAUUUCCACCCCCGCCACGCUGGUCUUCACUGCCACCGUUACCACUGCCACCAAUAUGGCCACAACCACUGACACCCCCGGGAGGACCGCUACCACCAUCAUAUUUGAGGGCAGUAGGCAAACAUGGAGUGGAGGAAGUGGGGACGGGGAUCGCGAAGCCCUGUGGCAGCGGGGCCAGAAAGACAGUGAAACCUCUGACUGGAUAUCUUCAAAGGAUCAAGGUAAGGUGCUCCCACUGGCCAGGAUGGCAUCGCGUCCAACUCAAGCUCAGUCCUCCUCACGAUUGGUGUUCCCCCAGGAGCUCCGCUGA